AUGGCUCCCGAGCUCCGUAAGCGCAAAGCUCCGCCGCCGGCGCCUGAGCCGCCCGCAAAGAAGUCUUCCAAGGUCUCCAAGGCCGUGAGCAAGGUCAAGGAGGCCGUCACGGGCAAGCCUGCCAAAUCUGAAGCGUCCAAUGGCGCCGCCAAGACCACACCUCCCGCCGUUGGUGACACCAUCACCCUCGAUGGCUUCGGCGGCGAAAUCGAAACCAACGAUGGCACGAAGACCACGUUGAAGGCUCUCGUGGAUGAGAGCAAGUCUGGAGUCGUCCUUUUCACCUACCCAAAGGCCUCCACUCCUGGCUGCACGAAUCAGGUCUGCCUGUUCCGUGACAGCUACGAGCCACUCACCGCUGGCGGUCUUGCCAUAUAUGGUCUGUCUAAGGACUCUACCAAGGCCAACACGACCUUCAAGACCAAGCAAAACUUGCCGUAUGCCUUGCUGUGCGACCCGGAUGCCACUUUGAUCGGUGCCAUCGGUCUAAAGAAGGCACCCAGUGGCACCCAGCGUGGCGUAUUCGCAGUGGACAAGACUGGCAAGGUCUUGAUUUCUGAACCGGGUGGUCCGGCUGCUACGGUGAACGCUGUCAAGGCUCUGGUUGAGGGUGGUGCUGGAGCCUCUGAGACCAAGGAGGAACCUGUCGUGGACAAGCCGGCUGAGGAGGCCGAGCCUGUCAAUGGCGAUACGAUUACUGAGAAGAAGCCUGAGGAGGCGGUUAAGGAACCUGCUGACUGA